AGUAUAAAUACUCAAGACUUUCAAGUCAAAGGUAUGAGUUCUUACAAGUUGUUUGUAAACGGCAAGUAGAAAACUAGAAAAAUACAAUAUGAAAUUCUUCGCUUUGUUUGUGGUAGCCCUUUUGGCUGUUAACGCUUCUGCUUACAGCACCCAUACCCGUUAUGUUCGUGACAUUAACACCGAGAAAACUGAAAUCUUCAAGGCUUAUGAUGUCAAUGCUUUCUACGCUGCUUUCGAACAUUUCAUGGAAGGUUUAAGAAUUGUAUGCCCUGAACCCGUUUACAACUUCUUCCAAAAGGUCUACGAAACUUGCAAGAGAAUCGGCGAAUUGGUCCCAUCUGAGUUGCCUACUUCUUUCUACAAUGUCUACGCUCACUUCCCCACUUACAAGCAAUUUUUCCCCGAAGAAUUCAUCAACGCCGUUGAACAUCUUUUCCGUACCAUCAAGGAUGUCGUUGUCCCUCCUCAAAUCUGGGCUUUCGUGAACGCCACCUGGGAAAACUUCCCCAAAAUCACCGAUUACAUUAAGCCCGAAUUGUUCAACAGCAUCGGCGCCCAUUUGCAAAAAGUUCCUUUCGUUAGAGAAUAUUUGAAAAAUACUUACAUGGUCUUGGAACAAUUGUUGCAACACUCUCGUCCUUAAACAUUUAACACCUAAAGGAUUUAACGC